AUGAAUAGUUUUGAUAGAGUAUGUUGUCGUCUUGGAGUCCCAAUUGCUCAUGAAAAAACAGAAGGCCCAACAACCAAACUUAGUUAUAUAGGUUUGCUUAUAGACACAGAAACAAUGCUUAUACAAAUUCCGGAGGACAAUGUCUUGGAGUUAAAGUCAAAAAUUAAAUGGGUAUUAGGUAGGAAAAAGAUAACUUUAAGGGACCUACAAUCUUUGUGUGGGUCAUUAGCUUUUUGUGCAAAAGCUCUACCUGCAGGCAGAGCAUUUAGCAGACGAAUUUAUUUGGCAAGUAGUCACGCAAAGAAACCACAUCAUUAUGUCAGAAUCACAGAAGGCAUGUAUCAAGACUUAUUGGUAUGUGAAUUGUUUUUAGACAAAUUUAACGGUAUUAGUUACAUGCUCGACAUUGAUUGGACUUCAAAUUCAGUUUUACAACUAUUUACUGACAGCGCUGGUGGUUCAACAAAAGGGUGUGGCUGCUAUUUCCAAGGUAAAUGGGCUUUUCUUAAAUGGCCUGUAGAGUGUUCUGGUACUGAAGUUCUCAGGGAUAUAUCAUGUUAA